AUGGCCACUUCUCCAGAAGAAACUACGGGAUUGGGCCUGCCUUUGUCGAUUCGCGUGAAAUUGGAGGCCCAGUGCCAAGCAGGCGACGGCGCGGGAGGAGAUGGAAAAGCCCCUUGUACGAUCCAGCCUGGGGGCACUGAGGAGAUAUCGAGAGGGGCACCCGUGCCGAGGGUGAAGCAGGAGCUGACUGAGGAACCGUAUCCUGGCUGGGACGGCCAGUGGCAACGGGUGCUGGAGGUGGUGCAGACUCCUGUGAUCGCCCCAGUAUGGGACAAUCUACAGUUGCCUCCUCUCCCGCAAGUGGGCAACACGGAGGCCUACCUGACCACUUUUGAGCGGGUGGCUGACGCAUCCCAGUGGCCCAGGGAAGAGUGGGUGACUCGGCUCAUGCCCGUUCUCAGCGGGCAAGCCCAACAGGCGUAUUUUGGCCUGGAUCCAAAAGACAAAGGCGACUAUGGGAAAGUGAAGGUGGCCAUUUUGAGGCUGGACAACUACAUUGCUACGGAGACGCACCGCCAAGGUUUCAGGCAUUUCUGCUACCAGGAUGCCGAGGGGCCACGCGGGACAUGCCAGAAGCUCCAGGAGCUCUGCCAUCGUUGGUUGAGACCUGAGAGUCAGACCAAGGAGCAGAUCUUGGAUCUGUUAAUCUUGGAGCAGUUCCUCGUAAUCCUGCCGCAGGAAAUGCAAAGUUGGAUUCGAGAACGUGGGCCGGAGACCUGCGACCGAGCAGUGGCCCUGGCUGAGGAGUUUUUGCAGGAACGGCAAGUGACCCAGAGAUGGGAACAACAGAUAUCUGUGCCUGUUGAGAUGGUGAUCAUAAACUCCCCUAUCGUAGAUCAGGUUCUGUCCGACACAGUGCAGAGACAUCCUCCCAAGGAGAUCAACCAAGCUGACAACAAGGAUAACAGCUCUGAAGGUACUUGUAAGUUCUGGGGAUGA